AUGUCCCAAAAGAACACACCUUCUCCUCUACCUGAUCCUUCUUCUAAAUUGUCACUUUUGGUAGAGACAUUAGAGUCAAUUCAUUAUAGAAGUAAAGAUGAUAUAGUAUAUCAAGCAUCAAAAGUAUUUCUUGAAAGUACAUCUUCGUUAGAGGAUCCUUUAUUAGUUUUAUCUCCACUAAAUCAAAACUUAUUUGUUCAAUUGCUAGAUGCUAUUUUUAAGAGUAAAGACAGAAAUAAAUUAUUAUCCAUUUUUGUUCCAUUAAUAACACCAGACUUAAUGACUUCAGAAACACUAUCAUUAGUGUGUUCAUCUAUGUUAUCUAUUCUUCCAUUUUCUUCUACAGGAAAAGACUCUUUAUUACCUAUUGUUUUAACUUCCUUUACAAAUCUUUCUCGUUGCAGAUUACAUGAUGAAGUAUAUUCACUUCUUAUUUCAAGUUUAUUUGAUCUUCAUGUAAUACUUCUUCCAAAUGCUCCAGAAGCUCAACGUGUAAAAGAUUUAAUUCAAACAUUCAUUGAUGUUUCACCACAAACUCCAAUGUAUUCCAAUGGUGUUCCACCAGUUGUUACACUAUUAACAACAUCAGCAAAAUAUUCUACUGAUGAUUGGUGUUUACCAGAUGCUGUUCAUGUUAAAAGUGAUAAUAAGUAUAUGACAUCAGUAAACUUUAGUUCUCGUAUAAGAAGUGAUAUAGAAAAACAUAGAGAAGAAAAAAUGAAAUUUGUUAAAACACUUUCAAAUGAAAAUCAAAAAUAUUUUAAUUCAAGGGCUCAUGCUCAUGCAGUUAAAUCUAUUUUAUUAAUAUUUACAAUUGCUGAUCAUCAUAUAUUACAACAGUAUGAUGACUGGAAGAAACCAUUGAUUGAUUGUUUAAUUGCUAAUGGAUUUACAACAGAACCACAAAAAUAUAUUCCAACAUUAAAAAUAUUUAUUGAAGUAAUGUCUUCACCAACACUUCAUGUAAAAGGAUUAUCAGUUAUUUUUGAACGAUUGUAUUUAUUUAUACUCAACUCUUCACUAUCUACUCCUCAACAAAAACAACUAACGUUAGAAAUGUUAGUAUCUUUAACAGAAAAACAAGAAUGUAUUAUUUCAAUGUUUCAAUUAUAUGAUUGUAGUAUCGCUGCACCAAAUGUUAUUAGGUCAUUAGUCAAAACAUUAUCUGAUGUUGUUUAUGGAAAAAUAAAAUCAAUGGAAAAAUUUGUUAGUAAACAAUUUGAUACUGAUAAUCGUAUGAGAGCAUUAAAAUGUAUAUUAAAUAUUAUUGAUAAUAUUUCAACUAUUCAAAUUAAUUAUUCACCUCUUCCUUCUACUAUCGAACAGCGUAUGGAACGGAAAGUAUUAUUAGAAAAUGGAUUUCCAUUAUUUGCCAAUAACCCAAAAGAUGGAGUAGAAUAUUUUAUUUCAAAUAAAUUUUGUGAAAAUUCUUCCCGUUCUAUUGCUGACUUUUUAUUGAGUACUCAAGGAUUAGAUAAACGUAGAGUAACAGAAUAUAUAUCUAAUUUAGGUAAUGACGGAAAUGAUGCACUAAAUAAUUUAAUAAAAGAAAUAGACUUUAGUGGAGAAAGGUUUGAUGAUGCUCUUCAAAGAAUGUUUUGGAUGUUUUGUGCUCCAAGAGAAGUUCAAUUAGUGGAUAAUAUUAUUGAACGUUUUUCUGUUAGAUAUGCUGAAUGUAAUGCUGCAUUGAAUAUGACACCAGAACAAAUUUAUUUAUUAGCUACAUCAGUGAUGUGUGUUGCUCUUGAUACAAAGACAAAACGUAUUACUUUUAAAGAAUUUAGUGAAAUGCUUGGUAAUGCAGGAAAUAUUGAUAUUAAAGGAUUAUUUCAACGAGCAACUAGUGGUUCAUUUGCACUUGCUGAAUGUUUAACAGGAAUAGGUCCAAAUACUGUAAAUGAUCUUGAAGUUAAAGAAAGAGUACUAAGAACAUUAUCAGGGAUUGAUGCAAAUAUGAUUAGAAUCUAUCAAACAAAAGAAGAAGGUAAAUUAGAAAAUUCUAUUGAUGUGAUUAAAGCGUUUAUUAAAAGUACAUUGAUUUCAUGUACUGACAUUUGUAGAUAUUUAUUUUUUAAUGAAGAAACAGGUGAUUUUGUUGAAAACUCAUUAAGAGGAAUGCAAAAAUUAAUUCAUAUAACUGCUUAUUGUGGUAUGGCAGAAUGUGAUGACCUUACUUCUGAUAUUUCAUUAUGGACAAUGCUUCUUUCUCCUGAAGAAAUGAGUCCUAAACAUGUUCUUGCCAUCAGGUAUAUAAUUAAUAUCUGUAAAGAAGAAGGUCCUUUAUUAAAAAAUGCAUGGUUAUCAUGUUUAAAAGUAAUAAGUCAUUUAGAUAAUCUUGGAUUAAUGCCAAAACCAUACGGAGAUGUUUCUGAAAUAAAAGUUAUGCCAAAACCACAACAUCCCAUUUAUUAUCCAGAAUAUCUUGGUAUAUUUACAUUUGUUAAUAACGAUCUUCGUGUUGCAAAUAAGAAAUUUGAUCAAAAAACUCUUACCACUUUAAAACAAUUACUUCAAAAACAUUUGUCUGUUAUUAAUGAUAUAUUUAUUAAAGAGGCUGUUGCACCAAAUGAAAAUUUCUUAUGUUUCUUAAACUCUUUAAAAACUGUUAUUAUGACAGAAAUUAACACAUUGUCUCCUCAAUACUUUUUGUUUAAUAUUCUUAUUCAAAUAUUAUUAAUGAUAGUUGGUAGAGAACAAAAUGUUAUUAACCAAGCUUUAAUUAUUGCAUGUGAUAUUUAUGUAAAAGCUGGACUUCAUCCUCAUCACAUUCUUGCAAAACAAGCAGUUAAAGCAUUAGGACUUUUACAGUCAAAAUUUCCACAGAAUGAUAUAAUUUUAAAUUCUUUAAUGAUUGUUAUGGCAGACUCUGCUGUACCACCAGUAAGAGAUGCAAUUAUAGAAACAAUAGAAUCUAUUUUAGAUGAUUAUAAACCAUCUCAAAAAAUGAAUUGGAAAGCCAUUAUUAAUAUUUUAAAUUUGGCAGCAGUAGAUUCAUCUCCAAAUGUUAUUAUUAGAGGAUUUUCUUCAUUUAGAUUAUUAACAAUUAAAACAUUUGAUGACGAAACACAAUAUCUAAUUACAAAAGGUCUUCAACUCUAUUCUAAAAAGUGUUCUAAUGAAAAAAUGGCAAGAGAUCUUGUUGCACUUGCAAAUAGUUAUUUACAAGAAAAAAAACAAUUAACAGAAGUUAUGUACAUUUGGGGAGGAAUUAUUGGAUCAAAAUAUGUUGAAUGUGCAGUGGAAGCAAUGAAAUAUUUAUUAAUUCAAUUAGAAAAUAAUAAUUCAGAAAUGACUUGGAACGUUGUUUAUACACAAAUAGUUCCUCUCGUUUAUAGUAAUAUCGAAAAAAAAGAUAAAGAAUGGAUAACAACUGUUGGAAUGACAUUCGCUCUUAACCUUUCUUCAUUUAUUGCAAAUAAAAAAGUUCCAAUUAGAUAUAUUGAAGUUGUACUAAUGAUUUGUCAUAUGUUUUGUUGUUCACCACUUCAAUUUGGUAUUUCUGUUUCUGGACUAUUAGUUCAAGAUAUUGUUGAAGUAGUUUCUCAUCAUGACAAUUGCUAUGAUGGAUUUAAAUUAAUUAUGGAACUCGUCCAUAGCCAUAUUGCUGCAGUAGUUUUGAAAAAAGUUAAUUUAAGAGUUAAAACACCUAAAGGUAAUAAAGAGAUGAUUGGAGUUAUUAAGUGUUCAACAUGUAAUAAAGAAUUUAGUUCACAUUUAUCAUUCCUAUGUCCAUAUUGUAAAGAACAUUAUUAUUGUAGUUUAGAAUGUCAAAAGAAAAAAGAAACAAAACAUCUUCCACAACCAAUUAUCAAUCACUAUGAAACAUUCCAACCUACAGAUAAUAAAACAUUAUUGACUUGUGACCUUAAGAUAUUUAUUGUAUUAAAAGAAAUGGUUCAUGAUAUUGCAUCCCACGAAAAAUCUGAUGAAAUGCUUCAGUCUUUACAGUCAGUAAUUGAUGAAUAUUCAUCAGUUUAUAGUGAUAUAGAAAAAACAACCUAUAUGGAAUGUUUUGGGUUAGCUGUAGAUGCAGCGGUAGAUUGUUUUGUUUCUUUAGCAAUAGAAUCUUCUCAAUUUACAAUGAUUAACUUAUUAUUUAAAAUGACAGAUAAAAUUAUAUCAAUUGUCUGUGAUAAAUUACUUCAAGAACAUACAACUAUCGUUUGUUUUAUUUCUUUUUUUUUCAAUUAA